ACUUAUGUCACCGAUGCGCCGCGGAUGCUGAUUUGAUGCGCAGUGCCGCCGUGAAUCACACAUCACCACGGCAACCGGUGCGUUCACGGCCAGUCCCACAGCAUCCGCUUGUCCCGCAUAUCCACCGCGACAGGGAGCCGAGAGGAGCACAGCCAGCACAUAAUCAGACGUAUCCAUAGCAGUCAUGGUGAAACUUGGAGCAAACCUGUCUGAUAAACUGGACAAGCAGCCCUCAGUGGACGAUGGCUUUGAUAACGUUCCCCUGAUCACUCCUCUGGAGGUCAACCAGCUGCAGCAAACGUUCACUGACAAGGUCAUUGUGAAGACAUCGACACAAUUCCAGCUGCAGCAGAAGAAAAGGCGACUGUUUAUGCCCAGUGUUAAGAGGCUGAAUGUUCAUUUUUACAGAGACGUUUCAGACAAAGCCAAGAUCACAUGUCUAAUUCUUAUGACGUUGGGCUUCUUAAUCAGCCUGCUCCUCCUGCUCAUGUACAAGGAAAUGUGGUACGACCAGCUCACAUGCCCAGACGGCUUCAUUCUUAAGGAUAAACACUGCAGUCCAGCCGCUUUGGAGAUGUACUACUCCGAACAGCAGCAGGAGUCGACUUUGGACCAGAGCAGGGACCAGACCGGACUCCUGUCUGCCCUCAACCAGGUCAAGAGGACCGGGCUCCAGUCUCCAUGGAGACCGGUGCUCAGUGCCCUGAAGGAGGCCCAUAACAACCAAGCUCUUCAAAACCCCAUGGACCAGGACAAGUGAGGGUAAAGAGGCGAUGGAAGAGGACAGGCCAAACGGCUUUGUCUGUGAAUGUCUCUGAGAAUAUCAUAGACCUGGAGUUACACAGCCUUUGCUGAUUGAGGAGAAGGCUUAGGUCUAUUGUGAUUUGGCAUUCAGCAGUUUGUAAAUUGUGGAUAAAAAUGGGUGAGGUCUAAAGGGGUGGUGCCAUGAACGUGGUAUCAGACCUGGCCUGUAAAAGCAUGAUUAUCUUUCACCAUUUGUCAUUUGUUCUAGAAUGUAUUGAAACCAGGUCAUGACAGACGGCGCUGUAUGACUCCACUGUUGACGGUGCAAGGGGCUAAAGAUUUUAUUCAUAAUAUAUGGAGAGCAUUUACUGUAAUAGGACAUACAGGAGAUAAACAAAUACAUUUGCUGCCAUUAACAAGAUGAAUGUACUUUACAUGUUUCAUAAACUAAAGGUUUUAAAUCUCUGUUUUUAUCAUU